ACGUUGUUGACGGAAGUAGAAUAUCAGUAGUAGUGUUUGAUAACAAUCAUUAAAAUAAUAAAGAUUUAAAGUCGAGAAGGGUUUUUUUGUUGUAGAUUUAUAUUUGAUAUGCUGUUUCUUUCAAAAGUACAUAGAUCUAGAGAAUAAUGUGGGUAAAGCCACAAGAGGUGCUUUUGGCCAAUGCACUUUGGGCAACAGAACGAGCCAAUCCCUUUUUUGUUCUUCAACGCCGUAAAGGCUAUGGUGGUGGUGGCCUAACUGGACUAUUAGUUGGAACCCUUGAUACUGUACUUGACAACAAGACACGUCCUUACAGAAUACUCCAUCAAACUGAAGGCUCAGAACUUAGCUAUUCCAUUGCUGAGGCAAAUAACAAACGAGAGAUACAAACACACUGGGAAUGGCUGGAAGUGAAUGUGGUCAAUACUUGUGCCGCUUUUGAUAAUGAUGAUGACGUUACUGAAUUCAUCAAGUGUAAAAUUGAGAGUUUGUUGGCCAAUGUGGAAGUAUCAAAAGAAGAUGAAGAGGUUGAAGAUCUUAGAACUUCCACCAAAAAGUUUAGAAAGUAUUUCAACAUGCCUAAAGAGGAAAAGCUGGUUAACCACUAUUCCUGCAGCUACUGGAAAGGCAACCUCCCUAGGCAGGGCUGGAUGUAUCUCAGUGUCAACCAUCUCUGCUUCUAUUCAUUCCUUAUGGGUAAAGAAGCCAAACUAAUUCUCAGAUGGGCUGAUAUCACAAAACUGGAGCGUGGCAACAACAUGCUGCUGCCAGACAGUGUCAAAGUUUCUACAAGAGAUGGAUAUCAUUACUUCUCAAUGCUGUUACACAGUGAUGAAACUUUUAAUCUAAUGGAGCAGUUAGCCAACAUGGCUAUGAAGCAAUUGAUGCAAGAACCAGGAUUCCAAGAAGAUAAAUCUCUGGCUUCUAAAAUAAAAUCUACUAAAAAACGCAAGAAAAUUUCAGUUUUGAAAAGGGAUUUAGAUGCCAAAGCUAGAAGUGAAAGGUUUAGGCUAGCAUUCCGCCUUCCUCUGACCGAAAAGCUUGACGGAGAUGAAGAAUGCACUCUCUGGACCCCCUUCAACAAACAACAUGUUUGGGGGAAGCUGUAUCUGUCAAAUAACUACAUGUGCUUCGCUAGCAGGGUCAAGGACUUGGUCAUGCUCACUAUUCCAAUGAGAGAUAUAUCAGUGGCUGAAAGGAUAGAUAAUUCAGUUUCUGGAAAUCUCAUUAACAAAGCUAUCCUUGUUACAACAAAGAACAAGACAAACUUCACAUUUUCUGAAUUUCAAGAUCGCAACCUCAUACUUGAAAAAAUAUCAGAUUUUCUGUCCAAGCAGCCUAUUGUACAACGUGCAAGUGUGUCAGAUGAUAAGUCUUCUGAUCAAGGAGAGAUUGAUUUCCAGCCAGCAUUAAUGAGCCUAUUUGCAAGCAAAGAGAUGUCACCAAAAGAUGAGGCUAAGGAAGCAGCUAAAGAACACCUGUGGAACUUACAUUUUGCUGAAUUCGGAAGAGGCAUGUGCAUGUAUAGAACUCAUGAUACCCACAAGCUUGUUCUCAAAGGUAUUCCUGAGUGUUUUAGGGGGGAGAUGUGGAUGGUCUUCUCUGGAGCUGUUAAUGAGAUGGCUACACACCCAAAUUACUAUGCUGAAAUAGUCAAACAGAGUAUGGGCCACUCUUCCAUUGCCACUGAUGAGAUAGAAAGAGACUUGCACAGGUCUCUACCUGAACAUCCAGCUUUUCAAACAGACCGAGGUAUUGGAGCACUAAGGCGGGUCCUUACUGCUUAUGCCUGGAGAAAUCCAAAUAUUGGGUACUGUCAGGCCAUGAACAUUGUCACCAGUGUGCUGUUGUUGUAUGUGAAUGAGGAGGAAGCUUUCUGGCUGUUGACGGCCAUCUGUGAGAGAUUACUGCCUGACUACUACAACACAAAGGUUGUGGGAGCACUCAUUGAUCAAGGAGUAUUUGAGGACCUCAUUUCUGGCUACCUGCCUACUAUUCAUGUUAAACUGGAUACCCUUGGUCUUCUUAGCAUGAUAUCACUUUCAUGGUUUCUUACCAUAUUUUUAAGUGUGAUGCCUUUCAACUGUGCAGUCAAUAUAUUGGAUUGCUUUUUCUAUGAUGGAGCUAGGGUGAUCUUUCAAGUCGCCCUAACCAUCUUAGACAACAAACAAGAAGAUUUGUUAAAAUGCAAUGAGGAUGGGGAGGCAAUGGCUAUCCUAUGUGAGUUUCUGGACAACAUCGACAACAGCAACUCCACCACUCCCAACAUCAUGCAUACUGCCAAUGCCAGUGGUAUGGCAGGUAAAGAGAACACAGUGGAUAUUGCUGACAUCAUUCAGCAGAGCUAUCAAAAAUUCUGGACCAUCACCAAUCAGGAUAUUAAUAAGUUGCGAUUAAAACACAGGCUAAAAGUUGUGCAGACUAUUGAAGAUAGUGUGAAAAGAAAUAUUCUUCGAAGUGUUGCGGUUUACACUAAAUUUGAAGGAAAGGAACUUGAAGAUUUAUAUUUUCUAUUUAAGGAAGAAUAUCUUACCUCCUGCUACUGGAGAACACAUCACCAAGUGGAUACACCAGACAAAUAUGACCCAAACAGACCUUACUUUGACCAGUAUAAAGUGGACUUUGAUCAAUUCAAAACUUUGUUCCUCUCUCUGUCUCCUUGGGCAACAGGACAGUAUUCUACAACUUUAGCUCUACGAACAUUUAGGUUGUUAGAUGAAAACAAAGAUAAUUUGAUAAACUUCAAAGAAUUUGUUAGCGCCCUGGGAACAAUGUGUAAAUCUGAUAUAACACAACGAAUCAAACUUCUAUACCUGCUCCAUCUGCCCCCUGCACUGCUGCCAACAGAUCAGUUGGAUGAUUCACCAGCUUCUCCUAAAUCUGAUUCUGUGGAAGCAGCAGUUGAUGCUGCAGAUUUUUUUGAUGACAACACCAGCACACCAGAGACCCCUGCAGAUGAUGAUUUAGAACUGCCAAGGCUGCCAUAUGACCCUUCAGACAGUUCACCAAUUGCCCCUCGACCUAUUGAAGUCAAGCCUGAUAGUUCCAGUGUAGAUCCUAGAACACCAAUGGUUGAGAUGGUUCGUGUGGUGGGGGUCCCUGAUGAUGAUGAAGAUGAAGACGAGGAGAACAGCACAUCGGACACUGACAAAAGUUUGGAUGUGGAUAAAGUUGAGAAGAAAGCAUCAUUGGAAGAAAAUGCAAACAGCAGUAUUGAUUCAGGGGAAGUCAGUCAGGAACUCAAAGAGGAUGUAACUCCUGCCAAACGUCCUGAUAAACUUGUGAAAGAUACCCCAAGGCAGAUAACUCUCCCAACAAAAGUCAUCCCAAAGCUGGUGAGAGGUGCAAGGAGAGAAGAGUUUGCCAAUCUCCCGAGGAUGAACCAGAUCCAGUUUAUCCAAAUGCUGCGCACGCUGUAUGACAUGUUCACAGACAACGCCUGCGAGCAGCAGCUGUACCACAGCAUCGCCACUGUCGGGACGUUGCUGCUCCAGAUUGGGGAAGUGGGGAAAAGAUUCCGGCUUUCAAGUUCCUCAUCAGCCUUGUCUGAACUGGAAGGAUCCAGCCCAUUGUCUGAGAAGAAAUUCCUAUCUCCUGGGAAAGAAGAGCCUUCAGUAGAAAAGUGUAAUGAAGGUCAAGAGGAAAAUGGAAUAGUAAAAGGUGAAAUAGUAGCAGGGGCUGGAGCUCAAGGUGACGUACAGAAUGUAGAAGUUAAAGAUAACACGCAAUCAGAUGCUGCUACUGAAGGAGCAGCAAAAUUCACAGAGGCCGCGCCACAGUAUUUAAAGCCUGCUGACACAGGUCUUAACUCGCCCAAAAAUACAAGCAAACCUGAUGAGGAUUGGUCCAUUUCUUUUGAACAGUUGCUGGCUUCCUUACUAACCGAGCCGUCGCUGGUGGAUUACUUUGAGAGGAUAUAUGACACAACUGAUGCAGUUGCUGCGCUGAGAAAUCGCAGACUAACAGCCCGUGUCACCGCCACGCCAGAAAAGCAUUAAAAAGACUUUUUUAAUUUAAUGCUUAUCAUUUGACCAACAGUUUUAUUUGUGUUUCAUUUCUAUUAACUUUUUUAAUACACUGAUUGAUGUUUUUCAAACAUUAUAGUCAACAUCUGAACAGAUUGAUAUGGUACACUCAUUUUCUUGGCUGUUAUUUUUUCUACAAUUAUCUCAACAGUGUAUUUCUUUGGGCUUCAUAUAAAACGAAUAAGUAGAAAAACUGGAUUUACUAUUUCCACAAAUUUUAGGGUUUCCUUUAGGCUUAAGCCAUU